AAAGUGAACCAUCACAAUUAAAUUCAAUCAUUGAACUAAUAAAAAAAAUCUUGGCUACGUCGAUACGACAUUGGAGAUGAUAGAGAUGAUUGUCCAGGAAUCAAUGUAACCGUUGGUGAAUAACAAGCUAGUUUAGAAAAGAAAAAUCGAUAAAUUAUUUCUUAUAUUAUUCAUAUUAUUACUUUCAUUGAUAUUUAAUGUUUGAGAAGUUGUUAUGAAUGCUGUGUUUGACAUUAUUGUUGAGUCUUUUACUGUUGAAAUGAAGACAUCUAAGAAUAAUGAUUAAUUAAAAUUCAACCAAAAUGACUCUGAUCAAUAUACCUUCCAGAGUUUCUGUCGUACUUUCAGCAACAGUCGUUUGGAUAAUACUUGUAGUACUACUGCUAGCGGUAGUAGUAGUGCUACUUGAUGUACUACUGCUGCUUGUGGUAGUACUACUUGAAGUGCUGCUGCUGCUACUUGUUGUAGUACUUGUUAUAGUAGUAGUAGUACUAUUGGUGGUGCUGCUGGUGGUGGCAGUGGUAGUGGUACUUGUAGCAAUGAUACUGCUUGUAGUACUGCUGGUGGCAGUAGUAGUUAUACUACUGCUACUUGUGGUACUGGUAGUAGUAGUAGUAGUGGUGGUGGUCGGUUUUGCUGA